AUGGAAGAUCGUGAAAUGGUCUACGUCGCGAACCCAAUCUAUCAGUACACCCCAUUGCCAAACCCAGCUCAGGAGAUCCGCAUCCUGGUCCUAAGCAGUUACGGCAGGACAUCUGACAGCAUAGAGAUACUGAGUGGCUUAGGCCACAAGGACGACCAAGCUCUCGCAGUCGAAGGACUCUCUUACGAAGCUUUGUCUUACACCUGGGAAGGAGAUCAAGAAUCCGCUGAUAAGAGCGUGAAAACGGCUGUCGAGGGCAGAAGGAUUCACAUGGAGUCAUGUUGCUCCGGCCUCGAUGGCGCUCUCCUUCCCAUCCGGCCGAACCUCGCAAAAGCAAUCCCUCGGUUCAGGUUGUCGCCAUGCUACACAGACGACAAGCGUUGUCCACUGGACUAUGGUCGCUGCUCGCGCAGGCUCUGGGUGGACGCCGUGUGCAUAAAUCAAGAGGACCUGGACGAGCGCAGCAUUCAAGUCUCGUCCAUGUCGCGGGUCUUCGCUAAUGCCGGACGGAUCGUCGUCUGGCUAGGCGAGGACUCAGAAAUGGGAGAUGGAGAGCUCUCGUUCGCUUUUCUACGCUGGUUCUGGAACAAUCGCUUACCGCGGAACCAACUGGACUCCAAAUUCACUGCGGCGACAGGUCGUGCCUUAAGAAGCGACACGCUGCAAAAGUUUUACCGUCGCCGGUGGUUCGGCAGGCUCUGGGUGGUGCAGGAAGUGCACUUCGCCAGAGACGCCAUUGUGCUUUGUGGGAACAGCGUACUCCCCUGGCAGGCUCUAGAGCACGGAACAGACUUUCUAGUUUCUUCGCCUUCGUCUUGGAAACCGGCGUGCUACACCAAUCUGGAAGACCUUACGGCUUCGUUGGUAGCUGGAGCCAAGGCGACGAGCUUCGGUCCGGACAUCUUGACUGCUAUGGAGCGAUUGCACGACUUACGCUGCCAGGAUCCUAGAGAUCGCAUUGGCGCACUCGCUGCCAUCUUUGGUGAUGGUAUUGGUGUGGACUAUCACAAGAGUGUCAAAGAAAACUACCGCCAGCUCGCACAAAUGCUCGUAGAGCGCGGUGAAACAAUCCGACUUUUAAGGACUGCGGUCCGCCGACGACGCUCUGCCAAAACUUCUAACCUCGAAGACAUCGACUUGCCGUCUUGGGUACCAGACUGGAGGUAUCUUGGUGGAGAGUACAGUGCGCAUCGGCUGCCGACGUUCGUGAGAGACUUGACCUUCCACUACCCGGGAGUUGAAUCUAGUGAAGCAGAUGGCGAUGUCCUCCGUACAUUUGGCACAUAUGCUGGCUUCCACAUGAAGGGCUCCGAAGUGCAGCAUUGCUUUGCGUUCACGGCUACGGACACGGGGGUGCCUAAACGCGCACCAAGGCGGACAAAUGAUCACGCUCGACAUCAGUCCAAUCCCCACCCUGCCACGAACUAUCCUGACCUUGCGGACAUGAAGGACAAGGUCACGCUGUCGUUCAGGCUUGUCGCUCAUACUGUUGCUGGACCAUCGCGUCGUUUUAGCCUCGUUGUUCUUGGUAAAUGCACAUCUGUGAACACCUCACAUUACGUGUAUGCGUCUUAUCAUCAGCUUGGCAGCAAAGAUAUCACCAUCAUCGGCGAGACCACCAUCUGA